AUGCGAAGCAAUCGUCAACGCUCGCCAUGGCAGGAAUCGUGGAGUCGGCAACUAGUAACAUCAUCCGCGGCAUCAACUAUCCAGCAAGAGUAUAUGGGGAGGCAAUUCUGGGAUUAUCGGUACACGCUUCUAACCGACGACAAAUCCAAAGUCAACCGGAAGCAACGGAUCCAGAUCCGUCCUUCUUUGAAAACAGGCUACAAGCUCUGCCUGUACAACGCGGGAUCGAUAUUUGUGGUGACAUUUAUCGUUGGUGUCUGGGUAGUUGCUUCUCACAACGUCGGAGAUGGCCUGGUAGUGACGCUGUUCACGGGUGACUGCUCUACAGUCAGAGGUGCCAACUUUUGGAUCCAUUUGCUGAUCAACAUACCAGCGUCGAGCUUGUUUGCUGAAUCAUCUUAUAUGAUGCAGAGAUUGGCUGCUCUGACUCGAGAAGACAUCGACAGAGCACAUGCCGUUGGCAAGGCAAGACGCUGA